CCCGUUGUUUCAGAUGACGUUGAGAGAAGCAGGCCGCACGCGCAUAGCAGGAACCUACUCUGUCAGAUUUCUGGGGAUCAAGGUCGUCGAUUUCUCCCCAGUCUCACGGAAAUACGGGAUCGCCAUCUCCCGUCCCCCUCACCCCCCUUCUCAAACAGCAUGGCUCAGGAGACAAAUCAGACGCAGGUGCCAAUGCUUUGCACUAUGGGAUGCGGUUUCUAUGGUAACCCUCGCACCAAUGGAAUGUGCUCUGUCUGCUACAAGGAACAUCUGCAGAGACAACAAGGUGGGGGACGAAACAGUCCCCCAGGUGAGAAAGCGGCUACAUCUCCUGUAGGUUCCCCUGGUGCGUCUGCAGUUACAGUGGAGUCCACCCCUGUUCCCCCUACGGAAGCCGUUACCCCGCCUGAAGAACGCACGUCUUGUAGUUCGACCAGCCCGGUGACCCAGCAGAUGACUGCUAUGAGCAUCUCCCAGGACACGGCAACCAAUGAUUCAGACAGAGCUGAAGUGGAGGAGGAAGAGGAGGAGGGAUCGUCUAAAAGCACAGGGCCAGUAGGGGAGGCUGCACAGACUUCAUCAGAUGGAGAUCAGACCCCUGACAAGAACAAAAAGAAGAAUCGAUGCUUCACUUGUAGGAAAAAAGUUGGCCUCACGGGCUUUGACUGUCGCUGCGGUAACCUGUUUUGCGCUAUCCACCGUUAUUCUGACAAACAUGACUGUCCCUACGACUACCGAGGAGCCGCUGCCGCCCGCAUCCGCAAGGAGAACCCCAUCGUGGUUGCUGAGAAGAUUCAGAAAUUAUGAGGACUGAUGGCUAAACGAGCAAAAAUUGUUUGACCUGCAAGUUUUGGAACCAUGGCGCUGAAUAACACCAUUCUAAAAUGGGUUCAUUUCUUCAUUGUAGGAUAAGGUGGGUGGGGUUGUAGGGUACAGCCCCUGCUUGGCCACUCCCUAAACUAUCAUCUCCCUGUCUCUCCCGGAAGGACGGUGUAGAGGUGUGUGUGUGUGAAUGUGUGACAUGUUGAGAAAAAUGUGCGUGCGUGUGUUUGUUUCUUUUCUUAUUUUCUUUUCUAGAGAGCCAGGGAGAAGAGGGAUUGGUUGUCAGGUGGGCAUCCAUGUGAACUGGGGGGAGGGUGGACUCUUUAGUUUUUACCCUGGCAUUGAUUUUUGUUAGGAUAUUAACAUUAUUUUUUUAUAGGAGCCCUGAGAUGUGGGUUCAGGAAUCAUUGGAAGAGGUGGGUGGGGGCGUCAUUGAGAGGGAAUUUCUGUGAUAUUGCAAAACGUUGCUGAAGAAGACUAUAGAUUUUAAUGACUACUCCCACAUUUACCCAUGUAAAAUUCUUUUUCUGUGUUAUUCUUUUUUUUUUUUUUUUUUUCUUUAUUCUGGUUAAUUAUCCCAACAUGUCAAAUCCCAGCCUGUGCAUUUAAAAAUAUUUCUCUUUUAUAUAUUGACUUAUCAUGCUAAUGUUGGGUGCAUGAAUAGUUAUUGGAUGGGGUUUAAAGGGGGGAGGGUGGGGCGUAGAAAGAGCCUUGACAUAAGCGAGUGACUGUUUUAUUUUAUUUCCUUUUCUGUUUUAAUGAGUGUAUGGCAUCAGAAGAUCUAUAUUAAUAUAUUGUACGUAGCUUGAAUUGUGUGAUUGCAUUCUAUUUAUUUCGUAUUAUCAUUUGGUUGGUUGAUACUGGAGGAUUGGAAGCAUGUGUCCAAAAAAAACAAAAGUAUAACCCAUUUGUAGGAAACCUUUAACAAUAUUUAAACAUUUUGCUCCAUUUACAUAUGAAUUUUCCAGAAUUAUAGGUCCUGAUGGAGUCACAUUAGAUUGGGCUGAAAAAAAAUCUUGCUUUUCAGAAUCAAAGCACAAGUAUGUUCAGUUUCUUCGCACAAACACAAAAAAGUGCAGUUAGCGUAGGAGCCUUAGUGCUGUACGGAACCUAGCAGGCCUGUUGUUGCUAAUGCACGCCAGCGAUGAACUAUUAUGACCUUUUACCUCAGAGUCACAGAGCUUUGAGAGCAAGGUAUUUGUUACCACCAGCAGACCAUUGAAUGAUGCUAAUGGAACCGGCUAGUAAUAUGUUUAUUAGGUGACGCCUUUCCAGUUCCAAGACAUGUAUUUACAAUUAAUACCGCUGUGCUUAUGAUGUCAUAGUGGAAAAUGCACACACUUCUCCUAACAGAUUAACGUUGCAUGCUCACACAGAUAUUAGGCCAAAUGCAGUGUUUGCUAAAGCCACAUUUUACAUUGCUACAAGAAUGUAAAACGAAACAGUGUCCCGUCGCACGGGCGAAUGGAGCCUGCUAUCCAAACGAACAGGUUUCUUCUAUUAUCUAAUGUAAAUAUUAAAUGGCUAAAUAGAAUGUUUAGAAAGAAGGUUCAGAAGGGAAAAAAACAUCCGUUUCGUGUGUAUGUAGUGUUUAACUAUCCAUAGGUAAGGAGAAAGAUGCAAUGCGGUGUUCUCUGUCAUCCUUUGAGUGAAUCUUGUAUCUUUGUGCUGGUUGUGUUUUUAAUUACUACUUUGUUGUUGUAAAAGGGCUGAAACAACCAUUUUGUAUUUAUCCUUAAUGUUGUCCAGCUAUCUUCCCCUGUGAUGUCUUUGGAUGUGCACAUUUUUCCAUGAUUCAUUCACAACCCCUUGAUUUCAAGACUUGUUAAAAGCAACUUGGUGGAUGUAACCGAUUUGAAGUCCUGGUAAUGAGCUUGCUGCUUUAUUAAGGAAAUAACCUGAGCUUUAAUUAGCACCGUCUGCGAUUGCGGCAUUAUCCUCAGUGGGGCUGCCAGCUCAAGAGGGCUUUUGUGCAAGGCAGGUGUCGGUGGCUCAGAGUAUUCACGCCAUGCUUGGCUGAGCCGGCAUCCUGACAGCCUUUUAAUGAGGGUUGAGAUCUCACUCUUUCUGUCUGCACCAUUGGCUUGAGGAUAAUCCUACCUUUCUAGGGUUUAAGUGUAGGCAGACAUACAGACAUGUGAAAGGUGGUGUAUGGAAAUACUGGACUCCUGAUUUCUAGUGAGAUUGUUGUAGUGUGUGUGGUGGGCACAAUACUGUGAAUGUAGUCUGUCUGACUAUGAAGCUCCAGUGGGUGGAAAGCCAGUUAAUGUUGCCUUCAGUGUCUUAUCAGAUCAUUGGCACUAUAUGCCAGUGCAUUAUCCCUUCUAUGCUAGCAAUGAUUAACUGUCCUCAUUGCAUGUUAUUGAGCAAAAUAGUGAAGUGACGCAGUUAAAAAAGAAUGCCUUGAUUUUGGUGAAGCUGUUGAUUGAACUUUCUCCCUGUAGUUCAUCAGAACAUUCGGAUGAGUGACGCGAGUUCGGCAGUACAUUAACCAGCAUUCGUGGGUUAAUUUAGCAGCGUGCCCAGUCCCCCAGAGACACCACCAGAUACCUUUGUUUUCUUUUGAAAUUUAGGAUUGUAUGAUGUGUAUGAGUAAGUAUAAAACCAAUAAAAUCACAAAGUUUAUUUUAAAUUUA